GCAGCUGUCAACAGUGAUAGCGUCCAAUCCCAAGUCGACAGCGUAACAUGAAUCCACUGUGGUUUUACUGAGACUUUUUCCUCUUCCCAUUAUUCCUUCUUGCCCAUCCACUCCGCUUCACCUGUUCCUGUAUCUAUCUUUAUGUAUGGAUUCUCACGUUGCCCUCGUAGACGUCGUCUCGCUGUAUCUGAGGCCCUCAACUCUCCAUCUAUAUAUAUAUAUAUAUAUAUAACUUGCAAGACACACCUGACGAGCAGGAUCAAGAGACAUGGGGCGGGGCAGAGUGGAGCUGAAGAGGAUAGAGAACAAGAUCAACAGGCAGGUCACCUUCAGCAAGAGAAGGUCCGGCCUCCUCAAGAAAGCCCGAGAGAUCUCUGUCCUCUGCGAUGCCGACGUCGCUCUCAUCGUCUUCUCCGCCAAAGGCAAGCCCUUCCAUUACUCCAGCGACCCCUGUAUGGAGAGAAUUUUGGAACGGUACGAGAGGCAUUCCUACGCAGAGAGGCAGAUUGCUGCAAACGAUCAGGAAACCAAUUGUCAGGAAAACUGGACUUUACAGCACGCGAAGUUGAAGGCAAGGAUAGAGGUCCUGCAAAGGAAUCAAAGGCAUUUUAUGGGAGAAGAUCUGGAGGGCUUGAGUCUGAAAGAGCUUCAGAAUUUGGAGCAUCAGCUGGAGUCAGCUCUUAAACACAUAAGAUCACGAACGAACCGGCUCAUGAACGAAUCUGUUUCAGAGCUUCAGAAAAAGGAUAAGGCACUGCAGGAACAAAACAACCUGCUGGCUAAGAAGAUAAAGGAAAGAGAGAAGGCAGUUGAGCAGAAGCAGAAUCAAGGAUUGGAUAAUUCCUCUGUUCUGUUGACACAACACCCACUGCUGCCUUUGAAUAUUAUCGGCGGGGGAUCGACAGGAGGAGCAAGAGGUGAGGGUGUAGAUUAUGGAGCCAAUAACACACUUCUUCCUUGGAUGCUUCGCCCCCUCUAAAUCAAUACAACCCACGCUCUCACUUUUAUUUAUUAUACAUAUCACUGUAAUUAAGUGAUACCAUCAUCUAUAUAUUCUAAAUAUCAAUCAUGGGCUUCCACUAAAUACAUGUCUUGGAAGGGAUGUAAUCUUUUAUGCAUGACUUCUUGGAAGUCAUUGCGGUAAUUGUGACUGUCUCUGCUUUGUAAGUUUAAGUCAUUGUUACUCCA